UCUUCAGGAUCAUGAUUAUGUCAUCGCAGGAAGGAAGGAAGAAUACAGUGAGAUCAUGAACGUUGCUACAGAUUUGAACAACUCACGGCAGCAGCUUAUGCUUGUACAUAAUGCUUUGAUCGUGACUAUGGAUGAUCAACUUCGUGUAUUCCGUAACGGCGGAAUCGUUAUCGAAAAUGACAGAAUUGUAGCCAUUGGUCAAUCUUCUGACAUAGUCGCUGAAUUCUCAUCAAAGUCACACCAAGUCAUUGAUCUCCAUGGCCACUUUUUACUUCCCGGAUUGAUAAAUACACAUGUGCAUACGUCCCAGCAACUAGCUAGAGGGAUUGCCGAUGAUGUAGACUUGCUUACAUGGUUGCACCAUCGAAUCUGGCCAUAUGAAUCGAAUAUGACUGAAGAGGAUUCAUAUAUCUCUACUUUACUCUGUGGAAUCGAACUCGUUCACUCUGGUGUUACAUGCUUUGCAGAAGCAGGAGGCCAGCAUGUAUCGGGAAUGGCAAAGGCAGUCGAAUUACUAGGUUUGCGUGCCUGUUUGACCGAAUCAAUCAUGGAUUCUGGAGACGGUUUGCCAUCUUCAUGGGGGGUUAGGACUGCAGAUCAAUGUAUUCAGUCCCAAAAGGAAUUGUACAACAAACACCAUAACACUGCUGAUGGACGUAUUCGGAUAUGGCUUGGGAUAAGACAGAUCAUGAAUUCAACUGAUCGGUUACUACUUGAAACAAGAAAUGCAGCUAAAGAACUACAAACUGGAAUUCACAUGCAUGUUGCUGAGAUACCUUUUGAAAAUGAACUUGUGAUGCAAACUCGUGAAGUUGAUCAUGGAACGGUUACAUACCUGGAGAAAAUAAAGUUCUUGACAAGCAAUUUGCUUGCAGCUCAUUCUGUUUGGGUCAAUGAAAAUGAGAUUGGAUUUCUUUCUGAUUCCGGCGUUAAGGUGUCCCAUUGUCCUGCUGCUGCUAUGCGUAUGCUUGGAUUUGCACCAAUAAAGGAAAUGCUUGAUGCCAAUGUAUGUGUAUCUUUGGGGACAGAUGGAGCACCAUCAAAUAACAGAAUGAGCAUUGUUGAUGAGAUGUACCUAGCUUCUCUGAUCAACAAAGGGCGAGAAGUUUAUUCAAAAGGCACUACCGACCCUACAGCUCUUCCUGCUGAAUCAAUUCUGAAAAUGGCAACUGUAAAUGGCGCUAAAGCGGUACUUUGGGAGAACGAUAUAGGAUCACUUGAAGUCGGAAAAAAGGCUGAUAUGAUUGUAAUCAAUCCUUCCACAUGGUCUAUGGUUCCAAUGCAUGACUGUAUCUCGAGCCUUGUUUACUCCUUGCGAAGUGAAAAUAUUGUAUCUGUUAUGUGCAAUGGCCGUUGGAUCAUGGAGAAUCAGAAAAUCAUGAAUGUUAAUGAGGCUGAAAUUCUUUCGAUGGCAAAGCAUGCUUCUGCAGAACUUUUGAAGAGAGCAAGCAUACAAAUUCCAAAUAGGAUGAACCUCAUAUGAGCUUUGAAUGCAUACUGUGUAAGAACUAAGAAGAAAUCUAGACUUGUAACUUUGUUAUAUAUUGUAAUUUAUAUAUUUGCAAAGAAAAAAAAAAAAAAAGAACUAAUGUCAUGAGUAUAUGUAUACUGUAAUGCAAGUGAAACAUCUUGAAGAUGAACCUCGAGUGGAGGAUAAUUCUCA